CCUGUAGCUUUGUAUUUCUUCACUUCCUCUCCCCAACUCUCAUCUUCCUCCUCACUCACCUGUAUACACUCGUCAUCUCGUCUCUCGUCAAGUGGCUCCAAACUUUUCGUUCCUGGUUUUCGUUAAUCCUACACCCCCCACAGUCCGUUAUUCUCGGGCUUUCGCUACCCCCGCGGGUGACUGUCACUGUCAUCUUUCAGCCCCAGGGGCCUUGCUACCACUACCACCUCUGUCCCAUUUAAGCCAAAGGGGGGGGGAGGCCUAGAAGCCGGGACCUUUCGCCAAGAUUUCACUAUCCCGCGCCUUUACUCACUCUCAUUUGCAUUGCAAACUCACAACUCUUUUGCUAUAAUUUUGAGCCUCACCACUUCUCUUUCUUUUUUUGUCUCUCACUAUUGGAUGAUACCGCGAUAGAUGCCUUCCGCUCUGCAGGCCGACAUGGAUCCCCUCGCCGUCGUCGGCCUCCCUACCACAACCGCCAUCACAGGCCUCCUAGAGGUUGGCGCCGCAGCCAUCGACAUCCUCAGCGACCUCAACAUCUCGCCCCAGCACGACACCCUCGUCCUCAACGCUCUUCUCCGCGAGGUUAAAGAGUGUCGCUCCUCCGUCCACGCCUUUUACAAAACCCUCAGCCUCAUCGAGAACGGCCAGAUCCCAAUCCCCGCCCGCGCCGCCUGGAUCUCGCUCGAAACCCUCGUCGCGACUGUUACAGAUACAGUCCUCGCCUUUUCUCGCCUCUCGUCGCUGUGCUGCGCCGUCGACGAGGAAUCUACACGGUCUAGCCCUGAAGAUGCGGCUAAGCAAUUCGAGAAGCGCAUCAGGGCGCUGUGCGCGAGGAUUCGGUGGCAUAACCUGUCGAUUGCCAUGAUGAUGACAAUAGUGAACUGCCCUGGAGAAAAAGACGCAAAGAACAGUCGCGACGAACUCGCUCAUCGUGUUGCUCGACUCCUCACAUUCAACGUCGGCCUCGCCGCACGAUUGCGACACACAGCAAGACCCGGAUCCGGUUCCUCGGCCGCCAAGACGACCGUCUCAGUCACCGAAUCCCCCGAGAUCACCCCCGUCAAUGUGGGGCGCCGCCCUCCGGCCUCGUCCUGGUCCAACUCAUCAUCAACGUCGUCACCCUACUCGGGCACCCUCGCCAACCUCACCACGCCCAAGGCCCUGUCCAGAAUUAUUCUGCCCAUCGAGUUAAGGGAGCUGCGUGAUGAUUUUGAGUACUACACCGGCACCGUGCCCUCCCAGGUCGGCAGCUGCGAAUUUCCCACUGGUGGUGUGUUUGUCAACACUCCGUACAAUGUUACAUCAGCGCGAUGAGGCUUUUGUCUCGAGUUUAUGAUGAAACAGCAACCCCCCUCUCAGUGGAUCAACAAGUCGUCAGAUUAAAAUGACAAAUAUGCAAAGUCGGUGUUUAGGUUGGAAACAGUUCUGAAGCCAAGCUCUGGCUUACUUUUUACUACAUAUGGAUUGGUUGGGGAUGGAUUUAGACGGGCAUCCUUUUUUUUUUUAUUGUCAUUUGGGUUGUUGGUUUAUGUCUUAUGAUUUGUACUUUUUACCGUUUUACUUUCCACAUGGAGUCGAUUUAGCUUAGCUGGGCAUUUGCAAUUUAUUUAACGUAGAGAUAUCCAUCCAAUCAAUUAAUCAGCCAUUACUAGGAGUGCGU